CGCAAACUACGGUCAAGGCAAUUGAGAGCGCAAGAGGUGCAAGCAGGACUGGUGCAACUAGUCCGGCAAGACCGGUUUUCCUGGAGUGUGCAAGCGUGGCGCGUUUGCGAGCUACAGGAGGUGGAAACCAAGCACGAGAUUCUGAACCACCGUAUGCGACGGUAUCAGCGAUUGAUUUGGCAGUUGGAGAAUUUCUGGCUGGAAGGUCGCCGGGUGGCCGGAGUGCAUCCGAGUAUGACCGCUGAUUUUGUGGACCAGCACCGGGAAGACACGCUUGUAAGUCGCGUGGAGAGACUAGGCCUCGCAACCGGCUUGGAGCUAAACGUCGUUGCGCGCGUUUUGGAGCUACUUCUGCAGCACUCUGUGCGACGAGAGCGUCAGUUACAAGAAAUGAGUCUUCCUGUACCCAACAUCCACAUCGACAUGCACGAAAUUGGUGUCGGUAGAACAGUGCUUUGUGGCGUCGGAGAAGGCGCGCUAUUUUCUAGGGAGCCAGGCCGUGGACCAGGAGAGCCCGUGGAAGAUGUAGAAGAACAAAUCAACAGAGGAUGGACUUGUGAAGGCAGCAGCCGGCAGCUCGAUCCGGAAAUUCUGCUUCGGUUCUAUCUGGACGCAGAUAUGAUUGAAGCUUUUGCACUGCGCUUUUUGAAAACCAUUCUCGCCCGGCGGCGGUGUUUGCUUUCAGACGAGGACAUGGUCGCCGAGCAGGAACGGCUCUUGCAGUCGCUGGCUGACCGGGUUGCGGGCAGUCACUCAGGAGCGCGGAGGGGGUCUACAAGAACUCGCACUUGGUCUCGAGAAACGU